GUGCGGCAACCGUUCCGAGUCCAAUGAAACGGAAUCUGGCCCAAGCCCAUCUUAAAACACAACAAUCAGGCGACCAGCACAAAGAAAAAUCAAGAAAGAAAGAAAAGAAGAGCAAAAAGUAACAAUUCUCUUGAUUUGGGGGCGGCGAUGGCGUGACGGCGCGGCGGCAGCCUUCCAUCCUCCGGCUCCGCAGCCUUCCCCGUGCGUGAGGUCGUCUACGGCGUGCUGAUCGGCGGCCGGCCAGCGGGAGAGAUUCGAUGCCUAGAAGGGUGCGCUUCUCCGAGCUCCCCGACGACCUCGUCGCUGGCAUCCUCGCCCGGCUGCCCCCCCGGCAGGUCACCCGCGCGCGGUUCGUCUGCCGGCGCUGGCGCGCCCUCACGACGGAUCACCACUUCCUCCGUACCGCCUUGGCCUUCUCGCGGCGCGCCGGCCAGGCCUGCUCCGGCGGGUUCUUCCUCAACGAGCAGUUCGGCAUCAGGCACCAGUACUUCCCCUUCCCCUUCCCCCUCGACCGGGACCACGAGGCGGAGGACGGCCUCGCCGCUGCCCCCACCCCUGACCUCGCCUUCAUCCCCAACGCUGCCCCGUCCGCGAACCCAGGGGGCGGCAGUGGCAACGUCCAUGUCUCGAGCUCCUGCAACGGGCUCCUCCUGCUACUCUGCUGGCCGCCGCACGGCCAAGUGGCGCACUACAUCUGCAACCCGCUGACCAGGGAGCUCGCCCCGAUCCCCAUUCCGAACGCGAACGGGCUCCCGCACUGCCUUAACCUCGCCUUCGACCCCUCUAUCUCGCGGCAUUACAAGGUCGUCGCGCUCGGCUACAUGUACGGCAUCCACGUCUACUCUUCCGAGACGCGGCACUGGCGGACAGCCAUCCAUCGGGAUCGCUCCGACGGCCUGUUUGUCGGGAUCCGCUCCCUCCGCGGUGUCUUUUGGAAUGGCUCGAUCGUAUGGACGGUGGCGCAUUCCCUGAUCCGCUUUGUUAUCGACGGAGAAUAUCUUACAGUGAUGCCGAUGCCGCCAAAGAAGAAGAAAGGAUGGAUUUGUGCCUAUAUUGGGGAGUCAGGUGGCCAUCUUCAGAUGAUUGGUUACACAAAGGAGGAAAAGCUCACUGCUUGCUUUGACGUCCUAGAGAUGCAGGGUGAUCAGUCCGAGUGGUUGCUUUUGUAUCGCAUUGACCUCGGUCGAGUGAAAGAAUUGUAUCCUGGGAUCGAAAGGCCGACGUGGGAUACCCAGUGGCAUCAGCACAAGAUAAUUGACUACCUCGCACUUUCACCAGUCUAUGUCGUUCGAGGAACUGGGGAUGCUGGGCAGCGUGGGGUGUUAAUGUUCAGCGUACCUGGGAAGAUCAUGUCGUACAACAUGGAGGACCAGAGAAUUUCAGUGAUUCAAGAAGUUAUGAGCUCUGGUAGAGAUGUGCUGCCACCAUACCGCUUGGAGCAUCCUUGGUGCAGAGCACUCAUUUGCUGUCUGAAUUCCUGAAUGUAUGAUGGAUCUUUUAUGUGGAAUCAAUGAAUCCUCUAGCACUUCUUCGAAGAAUCAUGAAUCAUAGAGUGGUACCACCCGAAUCAUGUCCGCUGGGCUUUGGCUGCAGAACUGAAAUACAAAUGGAUAGAGGGAAAUGCUUGAACACAUCCCUACCGAAUGUUACUGGCACUAUAAUUGAAAUAA